CAACCAACACCAACCCAUCCCCACUCCCUCUCUUUCCCCUAUAUAAUCUUCUAUCUCCACUCUUCACAAAUUCAGGGCUCUAACUCGAAAUUCAGCUCUAGCACAUUUAGCCCUUUGAUUUCUUCCCCUCGAAACCUUAACAACAGCAAGACCACCGCUCACCGUCUUCCUUGAUAGCAAUACCACUUGUUGAUUUCUUUCUUUGACACAAAGAAAUGGCUUCACCACCAGACACAAGCAAGACCAUAAAGCUUGAGCGUUACAAUAGUUACCUUCGCAGGCUACAUAGUACAAAAGUACUGAAUGCCUCCUCUAAACUUCUCUUCCGUGCUACGCUCCUUAUUGCUCUUGUGUUGAUUCUCUUUUUUACCCUUAAUUACCCUCCACUUUCUGAUAAUAUUCCCAAUCAUGCCCAUCUCCACCACCACAACUUCCUUUCCACUGCCUUCUUCACCUCCUCAGCCGGCGGUGGCGCUGCCUGGGAAAAGCAAGUCCGCCACUCCUCCACUCCAAAAAGGCGAAAUGGGCUCUCUGUUUUAGUGACUGGGGCAGCUGGUUUUGUUGGUUCUCAUUGCUCUCUUGCCUUGAAGAAAAGAGGUGAUGGGGUUCUUGGUUUAGAUAACUUCAACAGUUACUAUGACCCAACACUUAAAAGAGCAAGACAGAAACUUCUGUUGAGACAUGAAGUUUUCAUUGUUGAAGGUGACUUGAAUGAUGCCUCAUUGUUAAGAAAGCUUUUUGAUGUUGUUCCUUUCACACACAUCCUCCAUCUUGCUGCACAAGCUGGGGUUCGUUAUGCCAUGCAAAACCCACAAUCCUACGUGAGCUCAAACAUUGCAGGUUUUGUCAAUCUUCUUGAAGUUGCAAAAGCUGCAAAUCCACAGCCAGCUAUUGUCUGGGCAUCAUCAAGUUCAGUUUAUGGACUGAACACUCAAGUACCCUUCUCAGAAUUGGAUAGAACAGAUCAGCCAGCAAGUCUUUAUGCAGCUACCAAGAAAGCAGGAGAAGAGAUUGCACAUACUUAUAAUCAUAUUUAUGGUCUUUCACUCACUGGAUUAAGAUUCUUCACAGUUUAUGGUCCAUGGGGUAGACCUGAUAUGGCUUAUUUCUUCUUCACAAAAGAUAUCUUGCAAGGUAAACCAAUUGAUGUCUACCAAACUCAAGAUGACAAGCAAGUGGCUCGUGACUUCACUUACAUUGAUGAUGUUGUCAAAGGGUGUCUCGGGGCAUUGGACACAGCUGAGAAGAGCACAGGAAGUGGUGGAAAAAAGAAAGGGCCUGCACAGUUGAGAGUUUACAACCUUGGCAACACCUCACCAGUUCCUGUUGCGAAUUUGGUGUCAAUUUUGGAAGGACUCUUGAGUACAAAAGCAAAGAAGCAUGUGAUCAAGAUGCCAAGAAAUGGGGAUGUGCCUUACACACAUGCUAAUGUUACUUUGGCAUUCAAGGAUUUUGGGUACAAACCCUCCACAGAUUUGGCUACUGGGUUGAGGAAAUUUGUCAAGUGGUAUGUUAAUUAUUAUGGGAUUCAGACAAGGGUAAAGAAGGGCAGUGCUAUCAACAGUGAGCAUCCCGAGGAAUCAGCUUAAGGGUCCAUCCAUGAUCAUCAUCACAUGGUUGGUCUUUUCUUUUUCUUCCCCCCCUUUUUUGUGAAUUAAAUGAGUUCUACGCUCUCUUUUAUUGGGUUCAAGUUGUUGUCGUGGUCCUUCGAUGUAUUGGUUAAAAUUGUGGCAGCUGUCGCUGAUGUUGUAGCAUAUAGAAAUAGAUUUGAUACAGAAGAAGAAGAUAUAAAUGUGAAUGAAGAGAAGAAAAAAAGGGCAGGGGGGCAAGGUGUAAGAUCUGUGAAGUUGGAGGAUGUAAUAAUUUGGUAUGAGACUUCUGCUCAAAAGGGGAUGCAGAUCUCAACCAAUAGAAUUCAUAUUAAAGAAAUUUGUGAUUGAACAACAAUGAUCACAUUAAGAUUCUUUUUUCUUUUUAA